AUGUUUUCAAAAAGAAUUCUAAAUAUUUUACUUAUUCUUAACUUGCCCUCUUUCAUUAUCUCAGCACCACUAGCAAUAUGUGAUGGUUGCGAUCAUUUAUCACUACGUUCACCAUCACCUCAAACACCAUCUCUUUCAGAUGCUACAUGUCCAAAUUUUGGUGGAACAAACGAACCACUCAUAGAUUAUAACGUUGUGUUAAAAACAGAUGCUGCAAAUUAUGAUUCUAUUGUAAAAAAUCAUUUUGAAAUGUUAGAAAAAUGUCUACAGAGAGAAAGACACAAUGUUCAUGAAUUGGAUUUUUCCUCUAUUAAAGAUAACAAUAAUGUGAUUUUUGAUUUCAGUGUAAAAGGAAUGAUUGCUGGAUAUACUACCAAAUUUACCAAAAGUUUUGUUGAGAAUUAUUUGUCUAAACUUAAUGAUGUAGCAAUAGUAAAUGAAAAUAAGGUUAUUGAAGAUCCAUUUGAAAAUGAAUUUGUUGAACAAGCGCGACUUGUACGAAGAGCUGAAAGAUCAACUGCUAAAAUGCCUAAUCUUGAUCGUAUUGAUCAGGAAAAUUAUCCUUUGGACUUGAAAUAUACAUAUCCCGAUAGUGCUGGAGCAGGAGUUGAUGUAUUUGUACUAGACUCGGGAAUUUUUCUUGAUCAUGAAGAAUUUCAAGGUAGACAAGGUAAAACCGUAGUUGAAAAGACUUUUUGUGGAAACAUUCUAGCAGAUGAUAAUGGACAUGGAACAAAUGUUGCCAGUAUUGUAGGAGGAAAAACUCUUGGAGUUGCAAAUAAUGCAAAUAUAAUUGGUGUCAAAAUAACAGGGAAUGUUUGUCCAUUAAAUUCACAAAACAUUAUUAAUGGAAUCACUUAUGUUAUGCAACAAAAAGCAAAUGAUCCUGGAAGGAAGAUAAUUAUAAAUUUGUCAGCGACUUCAGAUGAUUCUGCUGUUGGUGAAGCAGCAAGUAAGGCAGUUGAAGCCGGAAUUCAUUUUGUUGUCGGAGCUGGCAAUAGAAAUUUAGAUGCGUGUGGAUUUUACCCAGGUAAAGUUGAAACGGUGGUGACUGUUGCUGCAACUAAGAUCACCCCUCUUCCUAAUCAACAAGAUUGGAUCACUGAAUUUUCCAACUGGGGAAAAUGUGUUACUCUUUUUGCUCCGGGCGGAAAUGUUCCAAUAGCUGGAAUUGGAAACCCUAGUGAAAUUACUUCGGGAUCAGGGACAAGUCUUUCCGCUCCGCAUGUUUCUGGUGCUAUUGCUUUGAUGCUAGCUAACGGUGAUUUAACUCCUGAACAAUCUAAAGAGGAACUCGUGAGACUUGCUACUAAAGAUAAAAUUCAAGGCCUUGACUUUCGUCCAACUGCUAAUUUAUUGUUGCGUGUCCCUUCACCAUAA